CACGCUCGCGCCCCUCUCUAUGGUCAGCGCCCCCGUGUCUAUGGCCCGCCGCGGGGCAUUGUGGGUGCCUGGCGGAAUCAUGGCGGCGGUGUAGGGCUCGGCGGCGCACGGUGGAGGAGGCCGCGCUGAGUGAAGAUGACGACAGCAGCCAGGCCAACGUUUGAACCUGCAAGAGGGGGAAGAGGAAAAGGUGAAGGAGACUUAAGCCAGCUAUCCAAACAAUAUUCUAGCAGAGAUCUUCCUUCUCAUACUAAAAUCAAAUACAGACAGACCACUCAGGAUGCUCCUGAAGAGGUGCGUAACCGUGACUUCAGAAGGGAGCUGGAGGAGAGAGAACGAGUUGCUGCCAGAGAAAAGAACAGAGACAGACCAACCAGAGAACAUACAACAUCAUCUUCUGUGUCUAAGAAGCCUCGGCUAGACCAGAUUCCUGCAGCAAAUCUUGAUGCAGAUGAUCCUCUUACUGAUGAAGAUGAUGAAGACGAGGACUUGGAAGACAGUGAUGAUGAUGACACUGCAGCUCUUCUGGCUGAACUGGAAAAAAUCAAGAAAGAACGAGCUGAGGAACAAGCUCGAAAGGAACAAGAGCAAAAGGCUGAAGAAGAAAGAAUUCGGAUGGAGAACAUCCUGAGUGGUAACCCACUGCUGAACCUCACUGGGCCAGCACAGCCUCAGGCAAACUUCAAAGUUAAAAGGAGGUGGGAUGACGAUGUUGUCUUCAAGAACUGUGCCAAGGGGAUAGACGAAACAAAAAAGGACAAAAGAUUUGUCAAUGAUACUCUGCGAUCAGAGUUUCACAAAAAGUUCAUGGAAAAAUAUAUCAAGUAGUACAGUUUUAUGUGCAGUAGUGCAGAAGGACUUGGUAGGUCAUGGCCGUUCCCUCCCUUUCCCUCAGAAUUUAAGGCUGAAUGUUUGGUCAUGGAUGCUCAAAUGCUUUUCCAAGAUCAGCAGCAGCUUCAUAAUUAAUAAGUGCUAUGUAUCUGGAGUUUUUAUUCCUGCAUAUUGUUUUCCUUUACAGUUUUAAUUAAACCAGUUUGUGUCUCAUGAAUGUUUUUUUUCUUCAUGUGUGUUUACUUUUACUGUCCACCUGUAAAUGGUAAAAGAGAGAAGCUGAUUUGCAAUAAAUGCUGCUGAUCAUUUAAAUUGCUUUCCAAAAUGCCCUGUAUUUGUAGUGAUGAUGGUUUGUAACUUACACAACUUAGGUAGAUGUCAGUAUUAAUGAAAGGUGAGGAAGAGCUGAGUACGAGAAGCAGUGUGAGCUGAAAAGAACUAUACUUUCUGUAGCAAACUGGACUUCCUCUGAAAAGGUAGUUAGAAACUUAGUUAAUCAUCGUUUUUAGUUUCUUUUUCAGUCUGUGUCCUUCAGUGGUGGUAAUAGAAUUGUCAGAAACUUGCAAGUGCUUUUAUCAAACAAGUGAUACCAAGAUACCAUAGUACACUUUGUUUACUCCUCUAAUGUUCAUGUCAACACUUAGGACAGUAUAAAAUAUGAAUGACUGCAAAAAAA